UGGGCCUCGUCAGCCGCCGUAGGAGAGCGCCGGCUGCGGCGGCGCCACGUUCCCUGCGGCGGCUGCGGACGAAUCUGCUGGGCUUCGGGGUGGUUCCCAUCGACCAUGGCCUUCACCCUGUACUCGCUGCUGCAGGCGGCCCUGCUCUGCGUCAACGCCAUCGCGGUGCUGCACGAGGAGCGAUUCCUCAAGAACAUUGGCUGGGGAACAGACCAGGGAAUUGGUGGAUUCGGAGAGGAGCCAGGAAUUAAAUCUCAGCUAAUGAACCUUAUUCGAUCUGUAAGAACCGUAAUGAGAGUGCCAUUGAUAAUAGUAAACUCAAUUGCAAUUGUAUUGCUUUUACUAUUUGGGUGAAGAUCAAUGGGGAAAAUGGAGAUUCAGAAGAAGAGAUGUCAGCGGAAGUUAUUACUUCGUCUUUAUUGGAAUAUACAUACCUUAGCUGGCUGUCCCUGGCCUUGACAAAAAUGUAAACAUGAUAAUAAAACGAGAGUCCCUAUUUAUCUGAUUUUUUUUAAAUGCUGCACUUAUAGUUUCAUUAUAAAAAGAUCAGAUCGUCAGAGGUAGUAACUAUCCAGGAUUGGAAUACAUUUGAUUGAUGACUGUUAAUAAAAGUUUGUGCUAUGGUUAAGAUUGU